AAAGAUUAUGAAAAUAAAAGCAGCACAUUCCCUGGCCGCCCAGAGCCCACGUCCGUUCCACGAAACAGCUUGGAAAGAAAAGAAAAAGGGAAAAACGAAAGCCAAAAAUCAAAAUCAUCCUUCCUUUAUGCUCUGCAAACAAACGCGACCUUAUCUCUCUUUCUCAAAACACUUUCCUUUCCGUUUAUCUCUCUAAAAACCUGAUCAUUCUCAUCAUUAGAAAGAAAAAACCAGGCCAGCUUUUUCAAGUUUUCUACUACAAAUUUCUCUCUCUUAUUAUCCAAAUUUCUCAGCUUUUUUGUUAGAGAGAGAAAACAGAAACACAAAAAAAAAAAAAAAAAAGAAUCAAAAUCAGAAGUCCAAUUUUCUUUUUAAAAGAGAAAGAAUCGAAAAUUGUGAAGGCAUGGGUCAAGCUUUUCGCAAGCUCUUCGAUACCUUUUUCGGUAACACAGAGAUGAGGAGUUGAAGAAAAUUUUAACCAUUGAUAUUAUAGCUUGAAAGCCCUGAAAAAACGAUGUAGUUUUGCUGAACAUCGCAUCUCCGAUUAAAUUCUGCUAGAAACUUGGUUGUGAUGCUUGGCCUCGAUGCAGCUGGAAAAACAACUAUAUUGUACAAGUUGCACAUUGGAGAAGUUUUAUCAACUGUCCCCACUAUUGGUUUUAACGUGGAGAAAGUUCAAUAUAAGAAUGUUAUAUUCACAGUUUGGGAUGUUGGUGGACAGGAGAAACUAAGGCCACUUUGGAGGCACUACUUUAAUAAUACAGAUGGAUUGAUCUAUGUUGUUGAUUCCUUGGACCGAGAGAGGAUUGGGAAAGCUAAACAAGAAUUUCAGACUAUCAUUAAUGACCCAUUUAUGCGCAACAGUAUCAUCUUGGUGUUUGCCAACAAGCAGGACAUGAAAGGAGCAAUGACCCCGAUGGAGGUAUGUGAAGGAUUAGGUCUUUUUGAUCUGAAGAACAGAAAAUGGCACAUACAAGGCACUUGUGCCCUUAGAGGAGAUGGCCUCUAUGAAGGAUUGGACUGGUUAGCUGGAACUCUCAAGGAGAUGAAAGCAGCUGGAUAUUCAUCACUGGGUUCAUCAUCAUUCUAAUGAUACAGGUUGGAAGUAUUUCUCUUGCCUAUAUUAAUCUCAGCUACAUCAUCAGAGGCAUUGAAGCUUAUAAGCCAUGUUUAACCGCCGGACGUCUGGAGUGGUAAUUAAAGUUAUAUUUUUCUAGUCUAAAGCUGAUGAAAUUUACUUACUAGGGUGCUUCCCCUUCGCCUUAUGUGGCACAUAGACGAGAGAAUUCCUCCAAUGUGUAUAUUAAAAAGGCAGGUACUACGAAUGAAAGUCGUUUACUCACUGGGGAGAUUUAGAUUGACCCAUAGACUCUUAUAUUAAGUGGAAAAUGGUUUUCAAUUCUCUCUC